CAUUGCAGUAAAUAGUUGUGCACUGCGACUCCUGGCGAAGAACCGUUGUUUUUAAACAAAAUGACUUACUAUGCUGUUCUAGAUAAACACUCUCACUAUUUCACUGGAACAAUGGAAAGCUGUGUGGGACUUAGAACUUAAUCUGGACUUAACUCUUGGACGACUGCAGCGUACCAAGACAUGAUGCAGUCCGUCAAACUUGGGAGGGCGCUGACAUCUUGGGGCUGUGGAGAGUUUGGUCAACACGGACAUGACGUUACGGGCAACUUGGAUUUCCGAGCAGGCGACAUCACUCACCAUUCGUAUUUAGGCCGCAUCAAACUCGCGGCCUGUGGAUCUAGCCACACUAUUGUUGUCACAGGUAUGUUGACUACCGUGUUGUGCUUAAAUUUAAUUCUGAAGCGCGUACUUUACUCAGUUACAGCCCAGUACGCACAUAGUGAAUACCCCAGUAGCUUAACACUCGCAUAG